AUGGCUACACAAACCGUUGAGAGUAGUUCUAGAUCUGGUCCAAGACGAACUACUGUAGGGGCUUUAUUGAAACCGUUGAAUUCAGAAUAUGGUAAAGUAGCUCCGGGGUGGGGAACUACUCCUUUAAUGGGUGUUGCAAUGGCUUUAUUUGCUAUAUUUCUAUCUAUUAUUUUAGAGAUUUAUAAUUCGUCCAUUUUACUGGACGGAAUUUCUAUGAAUUAG